CUCCCUCCACUUGCGGUGUUUGGCAGAAGGCAAUAGGGAGAGGAGAUGUGCAGACCCUUUCUUUAUUGCACUUGUGUCUGCAGAUUACAUUCCGGAAGUCAAUGAUCCCAUCAAUUUUCUAUGUAUAUGUGAUCGUUAGCCUCCACCUACAUUGAGUCAUAAAUCUUUGCAGCAGAAACUAAGGGCGCUCAGAUCCAUCAACGGCGGUGGCCUUGUGGUCUUCGCUUCCUUCUCCGCCUUCCAUCCUCACUUUUUUAAGGAGUUCGUAAACUAUGUGUUCUUUGAUUCGUGUGGAUUCGCGCUGCGAGGAAAUAAAAUUUAUUCAGGACAGCUCGGGAUUUGAGGAUUUAGUGAGACUGAAGAGUCUUCUCCUGCUGGUUUUUGGCACCACCUGAAGCCAUUUAUUCCGGCUUUUUCUGUAAAAAUCUGUUUAUUUUAUUCUUGAGUGAUGUGAAGGACUUGUUUUCGAUGCAUUUCCGAUUACAUUCUAGCUAUCGUUAUGCACCCCAUGAAAGAAAAUUUCUCGACAAUUGGUGCUUGCAAUCUCAUAUUGGUCAAAGGAACUAGUGAUAUCUUGAACAGCAUGCAUCUCUCUGAUUCCAAUGCGAAAUUAAGGUGCCCGUCGAUAGUGCAUGGACAAAGAAAGACUAUAAAGUAUGAGAAGCAGAAGAGAAGACUUUGAUUAAAGACAAAAACAUAUGAGAGAGAGAGAGAGAGAGAGAGGGCAUCAUUCAAUGCAUGAGAGCUGUAAGAGUAAACAGAGGGAGAGGGGUGGCAAUUUGUCAAUGGUUGGGCAUCCCCUACUCCGCGGCUCCAAAACCGGCUUUUUAAUGGUGUCGGGGGUGGGCAAAUGUAUGAGAAGUGACGGUAACGCCUCGGGCCUCUCUGUUCAAGUCAUGUGAACCACCUCUGGUGUCAGUAUCCUUGGAACUUAUAGUUCCUUAUAUUAUUCUCUCAAGGGAAAAAGGAAGAAGAAGAAACCACCACCGCGUCCAUGUGCGUGAGCACAUAUCAUCUCAGGCCUAUAUAUAACCUUUCCCUCUGGCUCACAGUAUCUUGUGCUCCUCAGGUUUAGUCUCUGGGUUUUUGGACAAGCUUUCUCAAGUCAAGUUCGUCCCCAUUCUGGAGGCAUCCACCGUAGUCUCAGUGAGGUUCUUUUGCGGUAGCGUUCUCCAUUAUCUCUCUCCCACUGCUCUCGAGUUUGUAUGAUGGGCUUCGUCCGUGCUCCAACCGUGAGAAGUGGCGACUUCUUGGAAGGGAUGCUCAGCGACUAUGUCGUUGGCAAAUCUUCCACCAAAAUGAGGGCUCCCAAGAUUGCAUCUUCUCGCCUUGUUGCUACGCUCACCUUCCUUCAGUUUGCCUUCGCCAUGUACGCCACCUUCCUCCUCUACUAUAUGAGCCCCUCCGUCGACCUGCGCAGCAAAGCCGACUUCUCUUGGGCCACUCGGAUCGCCCAGCACUGGAAGCACCUCAUCAUACAGCCGAAUCCGCUGACGAGCUUCCAGGAAAUCCCCGCCAUCAGCUCUCCCGCCGAGGUCUGUGAGUACGAGAAGAUCGAUUUCUCGCAGAAGAAAUCAGAUGAUGCACUGAUGAUCAAGCUGAAGAGGGAGCUGUACGACGAAGUGUUGGCCUUCCAGAAGACGAGCUCGGGGGUUGAGACACUCGCGGAGCUUAUGAGGAUGAAGUCCAAGUGGAGCCCCAAUGGCCCUAACGUCCCAAAGAUCACCGUGAUCCUGAACCAUUUCAAGAGGAAGACGCUCUGCGCGCAGCUUGAUUCGUUGCUGAACCAGACACUGCCGUUUCACCAUGUCUGGGUACUCUCCUUUGGCAGCCCAAACGAGCUCUCGCUGAAAAGGAUUGUGGAGAGCUACAACAAUUCCAGGAUCAGCUUCAUCGGUUCGAGCUAUGAUUUCAAGUACUACGGACGAUUUCAGAUGGCCCUGCAGACGGAAGCAGACUUCGUGUACAUUGUUGACGAUGACAUGAUUCCUGGGAAGAAGAUGCUGGAGAUACUGUCCCAUGUCGGAGGGACAGAGAAGUACAAGAACUCAGUUCUGGGUAGCAUCGGAAGGAUCUUGCCCUUUAGGCAAAAGGACUUCACGUUUCCAAGUUACAGGAAGUUCCGGUCGAAGGAAGCAGGCCUGUACUUACCCGAUCCUGCUUAUGAUAUCACCGUGGAAAGCAUUGUGCAGGUUGAUUUCUUGUCGAGUUCAUGGUUUCUAUCUGCAGAUCUCGUCAAGACAUUGUUUGUGGAGACACCGUUCACUUUUAUGACCGGUGAAGACUUGCAUCUCAGUUACCAGCUCCAAAAGUACAGGAAUGCAGGAUCGUAUGUGCUACCUGUGGAUCCAAAUGACAAGGAGACAUGGGGAGACAGUGAGCACCGACUUGCAUACGUUUCCGAGACCACCGUCAUCUUCAAGGACGUUGUCCAAGUCCGGGACGACCAGUGGUGGCGUGCCUUGUCCGCCGGUUAUGUCACCCAAUGGGCUGCCAUGCACCCUCAGAAAAUUGAUGCUCUCUUCUAUGCCCACUCCCUCGGAGAAGUGAAAACCUUGGCUCCUCUGCUCGAGAAGUUCCGCACGACCGUCGGGAAGAAAGCCUACAUCGUCGUGUCGGGUGGAAGGUUCUGCUCCUGCGAAGCAGCCGUUAGUGUUCUCAGGUGGUCAAAGAAUGUCUGCAAGGAGAGGAGGUUCAAGAUCUUCGAUCUGGAAGUCGGAGCCAUUUCAGGGGUGUCCAACUCGGAGGUUCCAGUAGUACAGGCAGUGUACUCGAGCUUGAAGGGGAUUCUCAAGAUCCACAACCCGAGUUUGCUGAUCGCUGUCGAUGAUGUCGAUCAAAAUGUGAAGAACGCGCUGAAAAUGGCGGCCGAAGGCAGCGCAAACGGUACAGCUCUGGUUCUUCUACAGAGGACCACUGUGCCAAAGGUUCUAUGGAUGGCUGAUCUACGACCGACAGCACUACCGAAUUGGAAUCGGAUGCAGAUCACGGUGAACAUCAUCACCCAAAACCGUGCCGCCUCUCUACAGAGACUCCUCAGAUCACUGCAGAAUGCAUAUUAUCUUGGUGAUGAGGUGCGUCUCAGCUUCAACAUGGACAGCAAGGUUGAUGAGGAGACCCUCAAGGUUGUGGGAUCCUUCCAAUGGGCACAAGGGCCAAAGUUCAUCCGGCGUCGAAUCAUCCAGGGCGGGCUGAUCCGAGCAGUGAGCGAGAGCUGGUACCCCUCGUCCGAUGACGAGUUCGGCCUCCUCCUAGAAGAUGACAUCGAGGUCUCCCCCUACUACUACCUCUGGAUCAAAUAUGCACUCUUAGCCUACCACUAUGACCCCCAAGUCUCCCUCCCGGAGCUCUCGUCCAUCUCUCUGUACACGCCUCGUCUUGUCGAGGUGGUGAAGGAAAGGCCAAAAUGGAACGCCACCGAGUUCUUCAAGAACAUCCAUCCCAACACACCGUACCUCCAUCAGCUCCCCUGCAGCUGGGGUGCCGUGUUCUUCCCCAGGCAGUGGCGAGAGUUCUACGCCUACAUGAACGCCAGAUUCACCGAGGACGCCAAGCAGAACCCGGUGCAAAUCCCAAAGUCGAGAACCAACGGGUGGCAGGCCUCAUGGAAGAAGUUCCUCAUCGACAUGAUGUACCUGAGAGGGUACGUCAGUCUAUACCCCAACUUCCCCAACCAAGCAAGCUUCUCCACCAACCACAUGGAGCCCGGUGCGCAUAUCAGCGCCAAAGACAAUGUGGUGAAGCAUAAAAAAGAAGACUUCGAGGUGCCAUUGAUGAGGGAUGACUUCACCAAGCUCCUGCCUUCGGGGAAGAUGCCUCCGGCUUCCAGGCUCCCGGCGCUCAACCUGUUCAACCAGGCGGUCUCUUUGAAAGGUUUGAAAGCUGCGGGUGCAAAGCUUAGGCAGGAUGUGAUCAGCUGCAACGAGUUGGAGAACGUGGCGGUCGAUCAUAGCACUGGUUUGCCCAGGAACUGCACAAAGUUCUGAACCAUAAAUUUGUUUAGGCAUUCUAAAGCUAUUCGAUCUACUUGUUAUUACAAUUUUUUGGUUUGUUUACGAGGGGAUCUAAUUGUAUAAACCGCAAAAAUAAAAGCUUAUCAGCCAUCGUAAAACGAUGGCAAGCAGCCUUGUGGUCUUCAGCUCCGGUUACUGCAUGGGGCUAUUUCGUUUUCCUUCCAGUUCUUGUUGGAAGACCUCAAAUGAAAGUGGCUAGUUUUCGUUACUGUCACUGUCUAGGAAUCUUCCAAGCAGCCUAUCCCUAUGUUAUAAUGGAUGCUAAGCAGAAACCUUUUCAUCUGUUAA